AUGCAAAAUUAAGAUUAAGAAUAUCUACUCAAUGUUGUGAACCCCAUCUUAGAAUAAUUGGCACUCUAUUUAGUCAAAGAAAAGCCUGACAAUGUGACACAAGCAUCAAUCGAAUGGUUAAGCGUAACAGGAGCUUAGAUUGAAACUGGAUUACACCACAAUCAACACAAUGAAAAUGUCGAAUCUUCUGAUGAUACAGAAUCCGAUGAAGAUGAUUAUGAACUUUAUGCUAAUAAUCCCAUUAGACCUGAUAGAGCAAGUGUAAGUGCUGAAGUCUAUGGAAUUUAUAAUAAAAAAACCAAUUUCAAACCUAAAAUAGUCGCAAAGUCUCACCUGCAAAUUCAGAAAAUCAAAGAAAAAUUAGCCUAAUCCUUUAUGUUCUCAGAAUUAGAUGAACAUGAUUUGAGAAUCGUCAUCAAUGCCAUGGAAGUCGUCUAAUGCAUUAAAGGAGAUGUUGUCAUUAAAUAAGGAGAUGACGGCGACAAUCUCUAUAUAGUUGACGAAGGAACUUUGGAUUGCUCACGAACUAAAGCUGGCCAAGAUGCUGUGCAUCUUAAAACUUACAAACCAGGAGAAUCAUUUGGCGAAUUAGCACUCUUAUACAAUUCACCCAGAGCAGCCACCAUAGUUGCAGAAGAAAACUGCGUCCUAUUUUCUCUGGAUAGAGGAACAUUCAAUCACAUCGUCAAAGACGCUGCUAUCAGAAAGCGAGAAAGAUAUGAAUACUUUUUAGCUCAUGUAGAGUUGCUUUAAGAACUUGAUCCUUACAGCAGAUCAUAAAUUGCUGAUGCCCUCAAAAGCAAAAACUUUAAUAUUGGUGAUCACAUUGUCAAAGAAGGAGAUGAAGGAGACAUCUUCUAUUUCCUCGAAAAAGGAGAGGCUGUUGCCACUAAAGUCUUAAAUCAAAGCUAGCCAGCUUAAAUCGUCUAUUUUUAUAAGGAAGGUGAUUAUUUUGGUGAAAUUGCAUUACUUAGAUAAGCUCCAAGGGCUGCUUCUGUGAUUGCUGAGACUCCAUGCACAGUAGUUUAUUUGGAUAGAGAGACCUUCAAAAGAUUAUUGGGUCCUCUAGAAGAUAUACUCACUCGUAAUUUUAAGAAAUAUGAAAAAUAUAUGAAUUGAGAUUAUAAAAUAUCUAUUUAUUUUACAAUAGAAAAUUUUAACU